AGCGCGCAAUCAUUUUCCUUCGUCUACCUACUUACAUAAUGAUGCUCGUUGUCCUUGUCUCGCUCGCGCAAAAAAAACGCUGUUCAAACGGCACAAUCGAUGGACGGUCCAGUAACGCUCCCGAAACUCAAGCACGAGCCGUGGGACGAAGAAGCGGACCGGCGCAUGCCUCCCGUUUCGCGCGAAUACUCCGAAAUAUACUCGGCACCGACCUACCGCUUUGCGUCCUCCGACGACCAUAGGGCAAGCAGCAGCAGCAGAAGGAGAGUGGAGCAUCUGGAAUCCCCUGCACUUCUCAAGCUUAAACCCGAUCCCCAAUGGGACUUCCGGGCAGAUGAACAUCCUCGGCUCCCGCCCAUCACACGCGACCAUCCGUACUCGCACUCGUACCUGCCUUCGACGGCGUACCGGUCGGACAGUGCGGCGCGACUCGAGACCGGUUCUCUGACUGCGCCAGGAACACUGCCGCGCACAAGUCACUCGCGUGACGUGAGCUACGACCCGGAUCCAUGGACUCCCUACGCCCACGACCGUGCCAAACCGAGUCUUUGGGCAGAGCGGGAUCCGCACGCCGGUUGGAGUGACUCUUACGGUGGAUAUGAUGGGCACCCCGCCAGGCCGCGUUCCCCGCCUCCCUUAUACCCUUCGACAAGCUCGAUACCUUCUCCCCCCGACUCGAACGCCUAUGCUCUCCGCCCCACCCCACGCCACAGGCCGUGGUCUCCGCCUCCCUAUCCGCCCGCGAGCACCGUCGCACCACCGCCCACGCACACCCCGCCGACCACGACCGCGAGCGCAACCGGGGCUGACGCGAACACCAAGUCCUGCUCGCACUGCGGCACGGGCACGACGCCCCUGUGGCGGCGCGACCCCUCGACGCAGCGGCCGCUGUGCAACGCCUGCGGGCUGUACCAGCACCAGCACAAGAUGCUGCGUCCGCAGGCGCUGAUCGACGCGGACCGCGACUCGGACGGGGACGACGGGGACGCGCUCGCGCGCAUCCCGGACGCGGAGUACACCGGCCCGCAGUGCAGCCACUGCGGCACGCGCCGGACGAGCGUGUGGCGGCGGAGCAAGGAGGGCGCGCAGGUGUGCAAUGCGUGCGGGGUGUAUGCGCGCAUGCGGGGGCGGGACCGCCCGCUGAGCCUGAAGAAGAAGAAGAUAAAGCCGCGGACUAGGCUCGUCCAGCCCGUCCAGAAAUAAGUGUACUUAGAUACCGCUAUUUAACACCUCACCGUGGAUACAGGAGUGAUCACAUGACCGCGUUCGCUCUCGACCCUCCCUCGCCAUGGCUGAACGUUGUCAUGAUCUCUGGUUCGAGGAUGGAACCGUUGUGAUCCAAGCAGAAUCGACCCAGUAUCGGCUAUCCCGUGGCAUCCUCGCCAAACACUCACCAGUCUUCCGUGACAUGUUUUCGCUGCCCCAAUCCGACAUCAAUCAACCCCUUGUCGAGGGAUGUCCACUUGUUCAUUUUUACGAUGUGGAGACGGAUAUGAACAUGUUCCUACGUGCGAUAUUUGAGCCGACCUACUUCCUGCCAUUCCCUUCGCCUACCGAAUUUGACAUCAUCAUUGCCUGCCUCUCCUUGGCCCACAAAUACGACGUUGCAUUCCUGCGCAGCCGUGCUCUUUCCCACAUCGCGUGCCGAUACGGCUUCCUACAGCUUUCGGUGGCUGAUAAGAGCAUCCUGCCGAGAGCGCGCGAGCACCUCUUUUCGUGGCCUCUUCCCCAAGAUGUGAGAUCUUGGCUCAAACUCGCGCGUCUGAUUCGACAAGUAGGAGCGACAUGGUGUCCCCCCGUCCUGUUCUACUCGAUCUCAGCGCGCCUGGACGUCGUCGGUCUUGAGCUACUUCUCGAGCCGGACAGCCUCAGCGCCGAUGAUCGAUUGACGAUCUUGAGAGGGCACGCCGCAACGGCACUGUGCGGCGGUGUCGACAUGCUCGCGUGUCUCUCUGAGCCGGUACAUAACCGACCAGGCUCAAUGCGGGCGGAGCAGGGUUUCUUGCACCGACAAACGGCUGGCCUACCUGCACAAACACCGUGCUAGGAUUCGGGU